AUGUCAAAUGAAUACACAAAGAUAAAUGUUGACAUUGGCGGUUGCAGAAAUUGUCUAUCCUCUCUUCAUCACCUGAUUGGAAAGUAUGCUGAUAUUAAGGAAUAUAUAAUUAAUCCUGAGGAGAAUCUCAUAUCAGUGCAUCCAAUUCACAUAAAACGAGUAAUCAAUCUGUUGAAAUUUGUUGGAUACGAUAUUGAAGAUGUUGAUAGUCAUUUAUCGACUUACAAUAAAACUGAGUCAAAUGAUGAUAUUUACUUCUUACCAAAUUUAGAUGAUGACUUACAAAUCAAUUCUGUGACAUCCAAACGCCGCAAACGACUUGAUGAUGAUAAUUAUCACACUAUAAAACAAAAUGAACAUUGUAUUAUAGCCUCCAAAUUAAUAGCAAUACUUCCACAUGAAGUUGAAUGUUGUCGAUCACAUCUGGUGCCAGGCUGGUGUGUAUCAGUUCACUCAGGUCAUUAUCUUAGUAAAAUUAAUCAGUAUUUACAAUCUUUUGUUCCACUAUCCAAAGAACUCUGUCAUAUUAAACGAAUAGAUAGCUGCCGAUUAAUUGGAACUAAAUCAACUUAUGUCUUCUUACAGAUAGCCAAACCAAGCUAUACAUGGUUAGACGCCAAUGCAACUUUAACUUCAAUGUUCAACGAACUACAGCUGAAUUCAUCCGAUAACCAGUGUAUUGGCACAUCACCAAUACCAUGCUGGAUACCACUUCACGAACCGUUAACUCGUAAGCACCAACUCCUCUACUCAUUUUCGAAUGGAUCACAAGAGGAGAAACUUACCUCAUUUACAAAUUCACUCAAUCAGCCAAUCGUGUUAGGUUGGCCAUCCACAUUACGAGCCUGUCCUGAGCUUGAAGGACUAGUGAAUGUUGGACGAAACCUAUCAUUGUCAUGCUUCUCAGAGCUAGAGCUAAAAAAGCAUUCUUUAUGGCUUGAACGUGUUUCUGUCUUGUCGAAACAAGUGCAAGAACUAAAUAAUCUACACCCGCAGUCAUGUGCAGGCGUUGAUGGUCCGGCUUGUGCAGUUAUCAUUGUCGACCCAAAGUCGAAUAUUGCAUUAGCAGAAUCAACUACACCUACGGCAAAAUCAGACAUAUCUUGGUUAGAUCAUGCAGUAUUACUUGCUGUAUCAGCUGUCGCUAAAUUGAGAAAGGAUUCAGGAAAUCAGUACUCUGACUUCUACUUAUGCACAGGUUUUGAUGCGUAUGUUUCACUUGAACCAUGUCUAAUGUGUGGUAUGGCUUUACUUCACAAUCGCAUUAGACGGGUAUUUUGCUGCCAACGGCUUGUGGGUGGCGGUGCGUUUACUAAUGCGAGUCGUCUUCAUGUCCAAAGACAACUGAAUCAUCGUUUCCGAGUAUUUACACCGCCGUAA